AGAGACGCACACACUCCUCCUUCAGUCCCUCCAGCCACGCACACACACUGGCGGAGCUGCUGUCUGCAGUAGUACAGUACAGCUGCCUGGGAUUUCUCUUAGUUAAAGAGUCUGAGGGUCGAGUGGCGAACGAGAGAGAAAAAGGGAGAGUCCAGCUGAAACGAGACGAAGCGGGACGACGUUUGUUUUGGUUUAUUUUCUUACUGUGUAUCCGGAAGACAGAGAUGAUGGAGACCAAACUCUGGGCUGCCCUUUUUGCGCUGCUGCUCAUUCACUGGGGAUCAGCUGAGCCUGGUGAUGCCGCUCCCUCCUCUAAUUCAAAAGGUGCUCUUCAGGCUCCAGUUGCAGAGCCUGAACCUGCUUCUGGCCUGAACUCCAGCAACCAUGCUGCCACGCUUUUACCGAAUGCCUCUGACACCAAUGUCACCAGUAGUUUGAGAAACAACACAACUACAGAAGGGCAAAUGAAUAAUGAUACUGUCAUCGUCCCUUCCUCAGAUCCUAAAAUAAACCUGACAAAUCAGUCAACAACACAGCCUACAGCUCCUCCCGCUGAGAGCCACGCCCCCACCUCUCACCUCACACCCACCACCAUCGCCACCACCAGCACCACACACACAACUCACCCUGCUCCCACAGACACCACACAGACCACCGCGCCACCCACAAACACCUCGCCUCAAGCUACACCUACACUUCCUGUCUCCGUGACAGCAUCAAACCAGCCCACACACAACAUAACACACUCAUCCACUUCUGUCCCAACACCUGAGCCACCUAAAUCCGGAAAUACCACCACUUCCACCAUCGCCCAGUCCACUUCAGCAUCCAGCACCAGCUCCUCUAAAGAGCCCCCCAAUUCACAAACGCAAAACACUGCACCACCCGACGGACAUCCUGGGACCUCCACUGAAGCCCACCAAAAGUUAACAAGCAGCCCACCAAGCAGCCCCCAGGCCAAAACCCAUGCCGACACCCCCUCCCAGCUCAACGUUGGGGGUGACACUACGGUGAUCCAUGAGUCUCCCACAUUAGACCCCCUCCUGGCUGGCCUGGUGUCAGCCUUCAUCAUCACUGCUGUCAUCAUCACUCUGCUUCUCUUCCUCAAACUGCGCCGAAGAGACAACCGACCAGAGUUCCGCAGGCUCCAGGACCUACCUAUGGACGAUAUGAUGGAGGACACACCCUUGUCCAUGUACAGCUACUGAUGGAGGCACGACUGACAUUUUUUUGGCACCCAAAUACUCUCCUUGAAUCCAGGCUCAUGCCGCAAUGGCUGUCAAACCUGGUCUCUCUUCCUUAAUCUUCACCAAACAGAAAGAAUUCUGGGUAGGUGUGAGCACAUUUCUGGAUUGCUUUCAUUUAUCUAGAUCACUGUCAUGUAGGAAAGGACACAAUUGAAGCUGCAAUGGACAAUGAAGAUAACGCCCACCAUGGGGUCGGAUUGGCUAUUUUGGUGUCUUUAAUUUCAAAUUUGGCCAACGCCCUUGUUUAAUACUGUAUGCUUAAUAUUUGUCAGCCCAUCUUGUGGAGUAAGGGAGUUGUAUAAUACAUUUUCAUUUCCCUAGAGUUAUAAAGGUGUAAAGCAGGAGGCAACCUCAUUUGGGCACUUGGACACAGACUCAGCCUUCUGCUACCAGACUCUUAUGUGGGGUCACUGGUCUGAUUUCCCUGUUAUUAGUUAAAGUUACAAAGUCAGACAGAAAAAAGUCUGACGGAGAGGCCAGAGAAAAGAAAUGAACAUAGAAAACGGCCUGAUUAUGGAGGUUGCACUUUACUUUUUCAGGAGCAGGGGGAAAAAAAUGGACAUAUUUUUGUGUAUGAUCAAAUUUGAGUUUUGUAUGCAUAAAGAGGUGCGGGCAGUGUGUGUGUUUGUAGGUGUGUGAGUCUGUUGAAGGUGCGUGUAAGGAUUUUUGAAGUUAUGGAAGGGGAUAUUUAAGCGUUUUCUCUUUGUGUUGAAGGUCCUGCUGCCUUUUGGCCUGGUUUUGAUACAUGUGUUUUUUUCUCUCCUGGGGUCUUGAGUCCAGGAGAGAGUGCCUUACACAUUAUCGGAACAGCUCUUAUUGUAUACUGUAUUUAUAGUCAACUUCCAGAUUUACCAGUCAUUCCCAGAACUUUGUGCGAUCCCCAUCGAAAAACACACACUCUGGGCCAGGUAGCUGCUCUGACUUGCCUGUGUUUGAAGACUAGCCUUGAGCGUGUUCACCAUGAGGCACUCAUUCAUACAAUGACAGUUGCAGACUGAAAUUGGCCAGUGGCCUUUCCACACAGUGUUAGCAUUGUCCUGUGUGUUGUAAAUACUACUGAUGAUUGCAUCAUGCAAAGAAAACUUUUUUGAAAUGUCAUCUUAGUUGGUGCUUUAGCUUUUCAUGCAAACUGUUACAUGGACUGUCCUGACAGCACCUUGUUCUCUCAGAUGGAAAGUUCAUGAAUAUUUCAUUGAUUUUACUGUGUAUCUGCCUCGCUAUCUGCAUCCUCUGCAAAUGUGCCGGAAAAAGUGAGCGAAAGUGAGACAAACACAAGACGACCCACGUCGAUGGGAAUCAGUUGGGAGCUAAUACUUCAGUUAGUCAAUUCGCAGUUGAAUCUUUCUACCAUGAAUAACUACAGAUGGGUGACAAAUUAAAGGAAUAAUAAAACAAAAUGGCCGAUACUGGAGGGAUAAACACCUAAAGAUAUUCCCUCACUUACUGUUUAGAACCCUUGUUCUUCCUUUUGUCAACCGUCUGUACAACCACAGAAAAUUAUACACUUGAGAUGUCUGAUAUUGGUGUUAAAAUUGUAAGUAUCCUGAAUGCAUAAUGAGGCUUUGCUGCCAGAUGUGGAUUAUGGACUGUGUUUUAUGAUUAAAAGUAUUUUGAAACCA